AUGUGCUUACUGACCAUUUGUAUUUAAUCUUUCGAGAAAGGUUUUUGCCCGUUAUUUAUUUAUUUAUUUAUUUAUUUAUUUAUUUAUUUAUUUAUUUUAAGGUUUAUUUAUUUAUUUUGAGAGAGCGAGAAAGUGUGAAUCAGGGAGGGGCAGAGAGAGUGGGAGAGAGAAUCCCAAGCUGGCUCCACACUGUCAGUGCAGAGCCCAACAUGGGCUUGAACCCACCAGCUGUGAGAUCAUGACCUGAGCCGAAGCUGGUUAACCGACUGAGGCAGUUGUCUUUUUGUUACUGAAUUGUACGAGUUCUUUAUAUAUUCUGAAUUCUGGACCUUCGUCAGAUAAUAUGAGUUGCAAAUAUUUUCUCUUAUUCUGUGGGUUGCCUUUCACUUUCUUGAUAAUGUCCUUUGAUGUACGAAGUUUUUUUUUUUUUUUUUUCCAACGUUUAUUUUUGGGACAGAGAGAGACAGAGCAUGAACGGGGGAGGGGCAGAGAGAGAGGGAGACACAGAAUCGGAAACAGGCUCCAGGCUCUGAGCCAUCAGCCCAGAGCCCGACGUGGGGCUCGAACUCACAGACCGCGAGAUCGUGACCUGGCUGAAGUCAGACGCUUAACCGACUGCGCCACCCAGGCGCCCCGUGAUGUACGAAGUUUUUAAUUUUGGUGAGGUCCGUCCAAUUCAUCCGUUUUUUUUUUUUAUUUUGUUUAGUGUGGUUUUGGGGACAUAUCUAAAAAAUCAUUGCCAAAUCCAUGGUUAAGAUUUACUCCUCAGUUUUUCAGGAGUUUUGGCUUUUGUAUUUAGGUCUCUGAUACAUUUUGAGCUAAUUUUUUAAUAUGGUAUAGAUAAGGGUUUCAUUCCUUUCCAUGUUGUUAUCUAGCUGUCUAGCACUGUUUGUUGAAGAGACUAUUAGUGCAUAGAAUUAUCUUGGCGUUUUGUUGAAAAUCAGUUGACCAUUGGUGUGUGUGUAUUUCUGGACUCUAUGAUCUACUUGUCAGUCCUUACUCUAAUACCAUACUGUUUUGAUUACUACAAUUUUGUGGUAAAUUUUGAAAUCAGAACGUGUGAAUCUCCCAUCUUAGUGUUUUAUAAAAAAAUUCAGCUUUUUGCUGAUCCCUGUAAUGUUUGUUUCAUUAAUUUGUGCUUUCAUCUUCAUUAUUUUCUUCCUUUUACUGUACUUCUUGGACUUAUUUUGAUACUCUUCUUCUAACUUUCUUGGGUUCACAUUUGGCUUAUUAAUUUUUACUUUUCUUAAGUGUGAAUUUCCUUCCAUCAUUAUACUGCAUAACUUUAUCCCUCAAGUUUUAAUGUUUUUUUUUCAUUAAUUCAGUUCCAGGUGUCACUUUCAGUAGUUUUCUGUUUAUACUUUACUGUUCCAUUAAGGUAUUUUUAGUUUUAUCAUUUAAAACCUGUUACACGAGCUUUAAAGAAAUGUAAACUAAAACUACAUGAGAUACUAUUAGUUUACAUUAAAAAUUUUGUCCAUUCCAAGAGUUGGUGUUACCAUUUUGGAAAAUAAUUUGGUAUCACCUAGUAAAGCUGAACAUGUGCUUAUCCUAUGACCCAGCAGCUCAACUCUUAGGUAAAUACCCUAGAAAGAGCAUAAGCAAAUGUGUAUGGGGGAUAUCUACAUGAAUGUUCAAAGCAGUGUUUUUCAUUACAGCCCAAAAUCAGAAACAACCUAAAUCUCCAUCAGUAGUAAAUUGGAUAAAUUGUGGUGUGUUCAUGUAGUGGAAUACCAUUCUACAGGGACAAUGAACUACAGCUUCUCGGUGAAUAUUUGGAUGAAGCCAUUAAAUUAAUUGUUUGCCAUCAUGAGCAGAAGCAAGCGUGACAGCAAUUUUUAUAGUGUAGAGAUUGGAGAUUCUACAUUUACAGUUUUGAAACGAUAUCAGAAUUUAAAACCUAUAGGCUCAGGAGCUCAAGGAAUAGUAUGUGCAGCUUAUGAUGCCAUUCUUGAAAGAAAUGUUGCAAUCAAGAAGCUGAGCCGGCCGUUUCAGAAUCAGACUCAUGCUAAACGGGCUUACAGAGAGCUAGUUCUAAUGAAAUGUGUUAAUCACAAAAAUAUAAUUGGCCUUUUGAAUGUUUUCACACCACAGAAAUCCCUAGAAGAAUUUCAAGAUGUUUACAUAGUCAUGGAGCUCAUGGAUGCAAAUCUUUGCCAAGUGAUUCAGAUGGAACUAGAUCAUGAAAGAAUGUCCUACCUUCUCUAUCAGAUGCUGUGUGGAAUCAAGCACCUUCACUCUGCUGGAAUUAUUCAUCGGGACUUAAAGCCCAGUAAUAUAGUGGUAAAAUCAGACUGCACUUUGAAGAUUCUUGACUUUGGACUGGCCAGGACUGCAGGAACUAGUUUUAUGAUGACGCCUUACGUAGUGACUCGCUACUACAGAGCACCUGAGGUCAUCCUAGGGAUGGGCUACAAAGAAAACGUUGACAUUUGGUCAGUUGGGUGCAUCAUGGGAGAAAUGAUCAAAGGUGGUGUUUUGUUCCCAGGUACAGAUCAUAUUGAUCAGUGGAAUAAAGUUAUUGAACAGCUUGGAACACCAUGCCCUGAAUUCAUGAAGAAACUACAACCAACAGUAAGGACUUACGUUGAAAACAGACCUAAAUAUGCUGGAUAUAGCUUUGAGAAACUCUUCCCCGAUGUACUUUUCCCAGCUGACUCGGAACACAACAAACUUAAAGCCAGUCAGGCAAGGGACUUGUUAUCCAAAAUGCUGGUAAUUGAUGCAUCUAAAAGGAUCUCUGUAGAUGAAGCCCUCCAGCAUCCAUAUAUCAAUGUCUGGUAUGAUCCUUCUGAAGCAGAAGCUCCACCACCCAAGAUACCUGACAAGCAAUUAGAUGAAAGGGAACAUACAAUAGAAGAGUGGAAAGAGUUGAUAUACAAAGAAGUUAUGGACUUGGAGGAGAGAACCAAGAAUGGAGUUAUACGGGGGCAGCCCUCUCCUUUAGGUGCAGCAGUGAUCAAUGGCUCUCAGCAUCCAUCGUCAUCAUCGUCUGUCAAUGAUGUGUCUUCAAUGUCAACAGAUCCGACUUUGGCCUCAGAUACAGAUAGCAGUCUGGAAGCAUCAGCUGGACCUCUGGGCUGUUGUAGAUGACUACUUGGGCCUUGGCAGGGGGGUGGGGGGAUGGGGAAUCGUUUAGUCAUUGAUAGAACUACUUUGAAAACAAUUCAGUGGUCUUAUUUUUGAGUGAUUUUUCAAAAAUGUAGAAUUCAUUUUGUAGUAAAGUAGUUUAUUUUUUUUAAUUUCAAGUGAUGUAAUUUAAAACUUAAGUUGUGUUUUAAAACAGCAACAAAACUAUUGUAUUUUUGCUGUAAUUAACUGUAUAAUGUAAACCUAAUUAUUUUAUCAUGGUUUAAAAUUUUUGCAUAUUUGCUUUAUCUUAUGCUGCUGAUUUUUUUUUUUUACUGAAUUUGUAAGAUUUUGUUUAUCAAAGCAACUAUUAUGUGGUGACUUGCCUAUAUCAUGAAUUAUUUAAGAUUUUUAUAGGUUUUUUUUAUUAGAAUUUUAUUUCAAAUGUUUUGUUCAUGAUGCUAUCCUUCAGGGUUAUGUGCUUAUCAAUGAAAUAACCCCAGAGGAGUGAGGGAAAAUAACCUGUAGCCAGUUGUAUUCAGGAAUAACUACUGUAAAUGAUGAACGUGUUAAAAAACCUCCAAUAUUUGCUACUUGCCAAUCUUAAUUUAAUUUCAACAAUUGGUAGGUAAUCCUACAUCCUACAUUGUUUUUUGGCAAAAGCCCCAUCAUCUAAAUGACAGAAUAACUCAGAGCAUGUCUUUGAAGAUGCUGGGCGUCUACCACCACCCUCCUAUUCCCCGCCCCCCCCCCCCCCCCCACCCCACACAACAGAAGCCAAGUAAAAAGAAUAUGGUAUUUUCUGCAAAUUUGUGGCAUGCUCAAAGAUUAUGAUCACAUAAAGUCAAGAGGAUACUUCAUGAAUAAUACAUUUCAAUGCAAAUAAACAGAUGGUUCACUUCUACUAGCUAUGAGCCUGUUUUUGUAUACACUGAGUUAAUCUACUCAGGCUGUAGGUCCCAACUGUGGUCUAGAGUCUGGUCUUACCCUUUCCUGCAGCCUCAGGCCCUUGGACCUGGGACCUUUCUGGUUUCCUAGCAUGAUAUCAGUCAGUUGAGCACCAGUUCUCAAGGCGUUUCUGGCCAUUUGAUUCUACCUGUAGCAUAAUCCUAUUUAUACUAGCUGUCAGGAGGUUCCGAAGCCUACUUCAAUUUCUGUAGGUGAUGUAUCAAAUGAGCAAUAUACCGUUCAUCUGAAAAUAGUAGCACACAGCCAUAUAUAGGAUAUCAUUUUCUAAGGACUGUUUCUUCACAUUGAGCAGAGCAGGCAUAAGUGGUGGUUAUUCAGUCUGAGUCUGUUUUUUUUAUACCUGAUUUUCAAUAAAACAUGCAAUGUGGAUGUUGAGUAGGGUAAGAAUGGUGCUGCUCCUGACAGGUGUAUGUUAACUGUUUACAUUUUCUAUCUGCGGAAUUAUUUCUCCACAACUGAAUUUUUCGUAAGUAAAUGUCAUUGAAGUCUCA